AUGGCCAUCAUCACCGUGCUGACCAAGCUCUUUACAACAGCCUUUAUAUUUCGUCGGCCUGGCUGGGAUGACUUGAUGAUUGUAUUCUCUUUGGUUGGUAGUAUCGUUGCGUCUGCUCUGGUACAAACUUCUGCGGAUCUUGGCUUGGGACGUCACACAGCAGCUGUUGCUUCUGAACCUGGAGGAGCUCAAAGAAUGGUCAAGACAAAGGUUCUUCAGGUGAUCGGCUAUCGCAAUCUUCCCAACGUGGCCAUCGUGAUCCUCAUCGAACGACUCGUCGGCAAAACGAAAACCAUCUCCCGUCGAUUCCUCCGCGUUGUCGUAGCUAUCCAGAUAAUCCUGGCCUUAGCAUCAGUAGUCAUCAUCUUUGUUCAGUGCCGACCGACCAAGAUGCUGUGGGAUCAGUCAGCAAAAGGAGAAUGCUGGAGUCCGCACGUCUUCAACUACACGUCCUAUGUCGUCAGCAGUUUCACUGUCUUUACCGAUCUCGUCCUUGCGAUCGUACCUAUACACGCUUUCUGGAAACUGCAACUUAAGCUGCAGGAGAAAUUGGAGAUUACUUUCAUGUUGGGGUUGACAUUUCUCUCUGCGAUUUUCACCAUCAUCAAAGCAACAUACUUGGAUACGUUCAACGAUAGAACAGACCCAUUGUAUAACGUUGUAACUUUGAUCAUCUGGGGCCUAAUUGAGCAGAACGUAGUCAUCAUGGCGGCAAGUGUCCCAACUUUGAGGCCACUCCUCCGACUUAUCAAAGACAAGCACCCGAUGCGAAGUGCUGUUGGAUACAUAAAGAGCGGCAGCGGAACUGAUCCGAAGCACAACGCAUCUAUCUCGGAAAUGCCUUUAGAUAAUGUUAAGCAAAAGACGGAACAAGAAAGUGAACCAAGUUUGGAGAGGCAUAGUUCCUCCGAAGAGUUGAACGGAAGAAGGGCUACACCAAGAUUCGAGUAA